AAAAAAAAAAAAGAUAAUUUUUAUUUAGCUGAUAUUUAUGAAGCUAUUUAUCCAUAUGAAGCAACUGAUCAAGGUGAUUUAUCAUUUAAUGCUCGCGAUCGUAUUAUUGUAUUAAAACGUGAAGGUGAUUGGUGGACAGGAAAAAUUGGUGAUCGUAUAGGAACAUUUCCAAAUAAUUAUGUUCAAAAAGUUGAAACUCCAUUACUUGAGACAGCUAUUGCAAUAGCACCUUUUCAAACAAAAGAUGAAGGUCGUUUAUCCUUUGAUGUAGGUCAAUUAAUUUAUAUAAGAAAAAAAGGUGAUAAAGGAUGGUAUCAAGGAGAAAUUCGACUUUCUGAUCAACCAAUACAUGUUGGUUGGUUUCCGGCAAAUUGCGUACAAAUACAAACACUUUCUACACCUGCACCUGCACCAUCAACGGCUUUGUAUCAAAAUGCAUCAGGUAUUAAAUGGAAAACAACAUUAUAAUUACCUCGAUAUAUUGCUCUUUUUGCAUAUGAUGCUCAACAAGAUGAUGAAUUAAGUUUUCCAGCUGAUGCAAUUUUAGAAAUAUUAGAGCAAGCAGAUCAUAAUGGUUGGUUUAAAGCUCGAUAUGGUAAUAAAAUUGGUUUGAUUCCAUCAACGUAUGUAAAACCAAUCGAUGAACAUACAACAUCUUCAUCUACACAAAUUCGUCUUCUUCCAUCUAUUCCUACUACAGUUAAUUCAUCUCAACAGCUAAUUAUUAAAGAUUCGAUAACAAAAACAAAGUCAAAUGAUGAUGAUACAUCAUCAUCAUCAUCACCUUUUAUUGAUAGUAGAUCAUCACAAAAUUUACCAACUAAUCCAUUAAGAAUAUCUGCUAUUCGAGAAUUAAUCGAAACAGAACAACGUUAUGUUGAUGAUUUAUUAAUGGUUACUAAUCAAUUUAUUAAACCAUUACAUGAUGCACGAAUUUUAAAUGAUUAUGAAAUCGAACAACUAUUUAUUAAUUGGUAUAGUUUAAUUAAUCUAAAUAGUAAUCUUCUAAAAGCAUUACACGAACAAGUAGAUUAUAAAGAAGAUAUUUCUUCAACAGAAAAUGAUGUGAUUAUGCGAGGACCCCGAUCAGUAUCUAUGUCAAACAUUGCAUUAGCUGCUCAGUUAUCUUCAAAAAGUAUUAUCGAUAAUCGUCAUCGUUCAUUUACUCCUGAUGUUUCUCAGUCUCCAUCUAUUCGUCGAUUAAAACAACGUAGUGGAAUUCAUCGUCGUUCACCAUCAACUAGUAAUAUAGUAGUUAAACCAAAUACUGAACAUAUGAAUGAUAAUAUUGUUCCUCCAUCUCCUCUAUUAUCACCAGGAUCAAUGACAAUAACAGAAUCAACAAAAAUAGGUGAAAUACUUUGUUCUCAUUUACCAAAUAUGGCAAAUGAUUAUUUUCAAUAUUGUAAUUCUCGUUCUCAAGCAAAUAAAUCUUUACAAUUAAAAAUUGAUUCCAAUGAACAUAUUCGUUCAUAUAUAAAAAUUUUUCAAGAUAAAACCGGUGGUUUAUCAUUACAUGGUUUUUUAACAAAACCAAUUCAACGUGUUACACGUUAUCCAUUAUUAAUUGAAAAAAUUCUUAAACAUACAUUAAUAAAUCAUUCAGAUUAUGAAUCAUUAAAACAAGCACUUGAUUGUGCACGUCAAUUAAAUGAAAGAAUUAAUAAACAAAUAAGUGAACAAGAAAGUAGUUCACGUUUAGAAUGGUUACAACAACAUUUAAUACUUGGUAGUGAUGAAAAUUCUUCUGAUGGAUAUUUAUUAGAUGAAUUAAUAAAAUUCAAUUCAUUAAAUAAAUAUAAUCUACAAAGAAAAUUACUAUUACAUGGUUUAAUAAUGAAGGUACCUAGUGGAAAAGAAUUAUUAGCAUUUUUAUUUAAUGAUUUUCUUCUAUUUUCAACUAUAAAAUCAUCAUCAACUAAUUGGCAAACACAAUUAUUUGAACAAAAAUCAACUUUACAAUUAAAACUUUAUCGUUUGCCAUUAUUUUUAACUGAUAUUAUCAUUGCUAAUGAAUCACUUAAUGAUCAAUUAACGUUUUCUAUUACAUCGAAAAUUCAUGAGAAACCAUUAGUAUUAAAAACACAACAGACGAAUGUUCGUACUCUAUGGGUAAGAUCAAUCAAUAACGCUGUUGAAGAAUGUCAAGCAGCAGAAAAAUCAAUUCUAGCUGAUAAAGCAAUGUUUACAAUUACAGACAAUAAACGUAAUUUAAAAGCAGCCGCUGCACGUCUUCUUCUUGUUGUACAAGAAGCUCAAGAUUUAAUGCCAUCAAGUACAACACUUGAACGACAUCGUUCUGUUGAUCCCUAUUGUGAAAUAACUGUCUGUUCAUUAACAUUAAAAACACCAUUUAUUAAACGAACAGUUAAUCCAAAAUGGAAUGCACCUAUGCAAUUUCUUUUAUAUAAUCUUAACGAAGAUAUUAUUUAUAUCAAUAUAUUUGAUAAUGAAUAUUUUUCACCCAAUGAAAGUCUCGGUUAUACAUCUGUACAUCUUAUUGAUAUCCUUCCGUGUCCACUUGAUACAUUCCUAACUAAACCUUCACUUCCAUUUACUCAAAAAGUUUAUCUUAACAAUGGAUCAUCAGUUAUUAUUAAAUGUGUUGUUCAAAUUUUAACAACAUCAAAUUAG